GGCCAAGGGCGCAGUGGAGGCGUGGCCGCGGCGCGGGGAGGGCCGGGGCGUGGCGCUGGGGGCGUGGUUGAGGGGGCGUGGUUUCCCCGGAAAGAGGCGGGGCGUGCGCGGUGGGCGGGGCCGGGCCGGGGGAGCCCGGCGAGCCCAGAGUGCCCUUGUGUGUCGCGCCGGGAAGCGGCGGGAGCGGAGCCGAGUCCCUGCGCAUCCCACCCCUCCUCUCCCCUCCUCCCGCCAGCGGGACGGGACGAGACGGGACAGCACAGGAGAAGCGAGCGGAGGGACGGACGGACGCGCCGGCAGGGGCGAGGGGAGCCGGCGGGGGCACCUGGCACCGCUCCGCGGUGGGAACCUGAACCUGCCCAGCAGCGCCGGAGCCAGCGGAGAGAGCCGCUCUUUCCUCCUCCUCCUCCUCCCUCCCCAAUCCACCCCCGCGACCCUGGUCCUCCUCCUCCUCCUCCUCCUCCUCCUCCUCACCCCACUGGAUACAGCGAGGGAGACACUGCGGCGGAGGCGGCGGCGACGGCGGCUCCUGCGGGGGGAAGGAAGCGCCCGGAGAGCGGAGCGGCGGGAGGCUGCGGAUCUGCGUGCCUGGCGCCCACCCAGCCCGAGGGGAGCCCCCAGGAUGCGGCUGAAGCCCGGCGCGCUCCUGCGCUUCUACAGCCUCUGCGGGAUCCUCGUACAAGUGGCUGCUACAAAGAACAAAGCUAGAGGCAGCCAAGGGCAGUUUCCACUUACACAGAACGUCACGGUUGUUGAAGGGGGAACAGCAAAUUUGACCUGCAGGGUCGAUCAAAAUGAUAACACCUCCCUCCAGUGGUCAAAUCCAGCUCAACAGACACUGUACUUCGAUGACAAGAAAGCUCUGAGGGACAACAGAAUCGAGCUGGUCCGAGCUUCGUGGCACGAGCUGAGUAUCAGUGUCAGCGACGUGUCCCUGUCAGAUGAAGGGCAGUACACCUGCUCUUUGUUCACUAUGCCUGUCAAAACUUCCAAGGCUUUUCUUACCGUCCUCGGUGUUCCUGAGAAGCCACAAAUUACUGGAUUUACCUCACCAGUUAUGGAGGGAGAGAGGAUGCAGCUCACUUGCAAGACAUCUGGUAGUAAACCAGCAGCUGAUAUCAGAUGGUUCAAGAACGACAAAGAAGUUAAAGACGUUCAAUAUCGAAAAGAGGAAGAUGCAAACCGCAAAACAUUCACAGUCAGCAGCACGCUGGAUUUCUUAGCGGAUCGCAGUGAUGAUGGUGCAGUUGUAAGUUGCAGAGUAGAUCACGAGUCCCUAAACUCGACACCUCAGAUAGCAAUGCAGGUUCUAGAAAUACACUAUACACCUUUAGUUAAAAUCAUUUCUUCCAAUUCAUGGCCUGAAGAAGGACAAACUAUAAUUUUGACUUGUGAAUCCAAAGGAAAACCAGUGCCAGAACCAGUACUGUGGACAAAGGACGGUGGAGAACUGCCAGAUCCAGAGAGAAUGGUUGUCAAUGGCAGGGUUCUAAGCAUCAGCUUCCUAAACAAAACAGACAAUGGCACAUACCGAUGUGAAGCAAAAAACCCUAUUGGCCGAAACAGCACAGAAUAUGUCCUGAUAGUACAUGAUGUUUUCAACACUUUGCUUCCCACUACUGUCAUCCCCUCCCUUACCACUGCAACAGUCACAACCACUGUAGCCUUAACAGCCAGCACAACCACCUCGGCAACAGCCACCAGCAUCAGAGAUCCGAACGCUCUGGCUGGACAGACCGGACCUGACCACGCUCUUAUAGGAGGAAUAGUGGCUGUAGUUGUCUUUGUAACGCUAUGUUCUAUAAUUCUCCUUGGUCGAUACCUGGCAAGACAUAAAGGAACAUAUUUAACAAAUGAAGCAAAAGGAGCUGAAGAUGCACCUGAUGCCGACACAGCCAUUAUCAAUGCAGAAGGCAGCCAAGUCAAUGCAGAGGAGAAAAAAGAGUAUUUCAUUUAGAUGCAGAGCUAGAAUCUUGGAGUUUUACUUAUCAGGCUGACUGCUGGAGAAAACUGGCUAUCAUUUCUCAGAAUUCAUUUCUGCCAUCUUCUGCUAUCUUUAUUAACUCGCAUACCUGCUAUAAGUAGCCAGUUUAUGCCAACAAUCAGCUGCUGACAUCAUCAUUCUAUAAUUACAGUAUCAUGCGUAAAACAGGACAUUUCUUAUUGCCUAAAAAUCAUAUCCACUGCUCUCUUAACAUACAGUGCUUGAAUAUACAGCCUUAACAAUGUUAAUCAUCAUCUUAAUCCAAGUUUUCUACAUUUUUAAAUGUUAUGCAGCUUUCUUUUUCGGUUUUCUUUUAUCAUGUCCCUACUAGUACGUCAUAGAACAAAAUUCAUAACGAAUACUAUUAGGUAAGGUCCUAAUGUACUUACAGAAAAUGUUAAGUCUAAGAUUAGAGGUUUACAAAGAAUGUUUUAUACAUGUCUAUCUAUAAUUCAAAAAGCAACUUGUUUUUGAAACGUAUGCCCUUGGAAACACAAUUUGAAGUCUGUUUAGUAUAGUUUCCUUUACGUUUGGAUUUGGUGGAAAAACAGAUCAGUCCAGUGAAUUUUUUGUUUUGUUUUGUUUUGUUUUGUUAUGAUUGAAGUGGUACCUUGAUAACAAUGCCAUGUUUCAGUGGUGAAAACAUGCUGAAUAGCUAUACAGAUUCUGCAAAGUUAGAUAAUAGUGCUUUAUUUGAAACAAUUUGUCCUACCCUUUUACUGGCUUUUGGAAUCACGAAGAUUAGAGAACUUUCUGAGUAAUUUAUGUUUUUAUAAUUUAUUUGCUAAACAUGAACUCACCUGCCUACUCAAAUUUGAAGUGUUCAUGGGACACAACUGCAAGGCAUUUUAGUAUCUGUAUAUAGUGCAUAUAAUAAAUUCAAUUAAACAUUAUUUGAUACAUAUUCAACUUUUUUUGGCAGUAGCUGUCAGUCACAAGUAAGCAUUUUCUAAUGUCCAUUAUAUCUCUUUAGAUAUGACUCAAAUCAAUAUUCUGAGUAGAUAACAUGUGUUAGUAUUUUUUUGUCUGUAUGUCCUAGCACUGUUCAGCAGCAAACUUUUCUAGUUCUUGUUAAUUUUUUCUUUGUUAUACAAUGGAAGCACAAUGUUAUAUGGAAAGGUAGUUUUAAGCUAACAACCAGUGCACAGCCUCAGGUUUUAAAUUACAACCACAUUUGAUUACUAUCCUUAAAAAAUACUAUUGAGUUGCUAAAAUUCUCAAUUUUUAAUUUGGCAGUUCCAGAGCUGCUUCUCUAUGUUGGUUUGCCAAAAAAAAAAUUAAAAAAAAAAAAAAGGAAAAAAAAGAAAAAUAGAAGUGUUAAAACAAAAGAUAUAUGUUUUGUGUAUACAGUAAAUGGACUAAUUCUUUAUAUUAAAUUCCUGUCUAUGCAUUUUGUGAGGUACAAACUUAUGUCACCGUGAAUGAUAGAGAAUUCCUGCCAUGCUUUUAGCUCCACAGUGAAAGUCUCUGUUUGGAUUAUUUCUGAAAUUUUUUUGUGUAAUUGACAGCUGAAAAAUCACAUGCUCUUAAAUAUGACAACAAAACACUGUAAGCCCAUCGGCUUAUUUCCUCUUCCAAUGAAAUGAAAAGGUUGCCAUAACAGCUCUUGGGAACGAUUCUACACUGGAGAACGUGAGUUAGCCUAGUUGGAGCUUGUUUUGCUCCUGCGUUUUGCACCUUUGUCGAAAGAGUAUUUCUCUCUGGUUGCUGUAUUUGUGAAGCAUAAAAGCAUGAUGGUCUGCUGUAAAGGACUUUCUCCUGGGAUUUUAUUUUUGUGUGGGGAAGGGAGAGUUUGGAGUACGACAUCAUGUAGUAUGGUAAAAUGGAAGAUAAAGGUGCUGUGUCAGAUUAUUUAUCAGAAGAAUAUAAACCUUUUAAGGACAAUAUUAGAGUAUUUUAAUUGUUUUUGUUGAAGCAUUUAUCUUGUUAAUUUCUAAGAAAAAAAGGUGACGUCAAUCAAAGCAGCACUUUUUUUCAAAAUAUACAGACAUAAAUAAUAUGAUGUGGUUGAGUGUUAACAUAAUAAAUCAUAUACAGUAUGACAUUUUAAAGAAAUAAGUCUGCAUUGAUGUGAUUGCAUGCUUGUUUUUACAGUUCACUCCAUACCCAUCUGUGGAAAAAUGCAAUAAUAUGUUAAUAUAAUAUGGUAGUUUGAGAGAACCAGGUAGGUGCUACUAGACACAUUGAAAACUAGUAUAGGUUUACAAGAUAUUCAUGUCUUUCAAAACAUACACAUGUGAAAGGCUGGCAAAGGAAGUUAUUCAGUUUAAUACCAAAAAUAUGGGUUCUUGUCACAGCAGUAAGUUACAUUAGCUACAGUACAGUAUCGCUUAUGACAAAUUUUUAUUUCAGGACCUGGGGCCCAGUUCAACUAAGCUUUUAAGUGCAUAGUCAGCUUUGGGCAUCAGAGAAGUUCCAUUGGAGUAUAAGGCACUAUUCAUAUGCUUAAAAAAUAAGUGCUUCCCUGGAUGAGAGCCUUAUUUGCUCGCGUGGAAUUCCCCACCUGCGUGGUGUUUACGACUUUUUGCAUUCUUCCUAACUCCAGCUUGUUUGAAUAGUAGGAUUGCUACUUGGACCAUUACACUGCCAAAGUCAGGUAGGACCUUCCAAAGGAGAAUUGGCCUCGUGGUAACAAUUUCCAACCAUUUUCUCCGGUGGCAUAGAAACAGCAUUUCAACUUGGCAAAAAAAGACAUAGAAAUUGUACUGAUACAAAUUGUACUGUUAAAAUAGUUUUUUUUUUUUCAUUGGCUUUCAAUUAAAACUUCUCACAUGUGCUCAUUUUCAACACAGCUGAUCUUCCGUUAUCUUGCACCUGGUGAUGUCCCUGGCAUCUGUGCCCAGCACAGGUGUGAAAAACCCCACACAGAGCAUUCUACCUGGGUAGCACUUUGCAGGCCUGUCUGGUUUUCACGGGUUGAAAUUACCACACUAGGUGUAAAGAGGCAUCCCUCUUUUCUGUAAGCAGAAUCAUGGCUCAGCAUGAUCAACUCAAUCAGAUUAAGUAGGCCAAAAGCCAGUUGUCCAUUCCCUUUGUCCAAGUUCCCAUUCUGAAAAAUUGCUUUUACUACGGUGUGAGGUGCCCAUCGAGUGUGGCUCUGAAUGGGAACCACCUUUGUUACGAUGUAGGUGACAUCCUCUCCCACACUUAACUUGCAGAGUAGUUUUCUCAAGACCAGGUAGCUAGUUUCUGCCAGUGUACUGUUUACAGUGUCGAUUGCUGAUUAUUUUUAAACUUUUUGAUGUAGAUUUUAUUCUUUUUUUUUUUUAACGCUUCAAGAACAUUCUCAUGUUUUGAACAAGAAAGCGGUGCAUCAGAAGAGAAGGGGUGCAUCAUCCCACUCUUUUAGCGUCAUCUGACAAACCAAGAGACAGUUUAAGGAACCUGAUGUUUAACUUGAGGCUCAGAGUUUAAGCUAGAACACUUCAAAAAGUUUCCACAUUUACUUAAGGAUGGUUCGUCUUGCACUGAGACUCCCUCUAUAAAGGAAUACAUGAAGAAAACCAACUUUUCUAAGUAAGACAUGAAAGUUAACAUCUUGUGUAUUUUCAUUGCAGUAUAAUAUAUAUAUAUAUAACUAUUUCAAUGAAAAGAAAGGACAGAAUCAUCUGUAAUUAUGUAAUUCAUGAUUGUAACAGCACUGAAGUUACCAUGUACGCACAUGUACAGUAGCUAUUUCAACAGUUACAGUGUAGUUACAUGUAAUUCCCUGUAACAUAGCAGUUAUAGUGUAAUUUAGUGCCACUUAUUGUAAAGUGUUACCAAAAGGAAAAUGGAGUUCUUACCUUUACAAUUCCAUUCAAAUUAAAGGUAAGUUUAUUAAAUUAGCAUCGUGAAUCUGAUAUUGCAUUUCUUAAUUAAGGAGGUGAUUUAAAACUUCAUGUUCACACCGCAGCUUCCCCCACCGCUUACCCAGACUCCUCCAAAUGUCUAUUCUCUACACUCCUAGGAACUGGUAAUCUGUGAUGAACAUACCAAAAAUCCCAGCUACUUCAACUUUAAUUUAAUAAGCUGUCUAAUGGAGAAAAACAAACAACAGCAAAAAUAACGAGUAAUGCUUUUUAUUAAGUGGCACAAAGUACACACUAAAAACUAUGCAAAAAUAUAGGUAAAUACAGUGUACUUACAUGUAAGUAUCUUGUACUUGCUGUGUAUGGAUAUUGGAAAACCGUGUAAUUAUAAUAUGCAUUUUGAUUAUUUCAGGCAGGGGGUGACCCCUAACAGUCACAAGGAAGAAGUGGAAGGUACAUAUACAAGCAGUGGAUAUCCUAAUGCAAUAUGUGUAAUUCCUCUACUUGCAAUGACAACUAAUUUAUAAAAAUGCUCAUACCAGUCCUCAUUCUCACUAGCUUUGCUUUCCAUUUCUUGGAGGCUCAUUAAAUAUCACUGAAACACCUUCAGGCAAAGUAAGACACUGACUCUGCUAAUGGCUUGGCUGCCAGCACUCUGUCUGGCAAUGCUGCUCUGUAAUCUUAUUUCUGGCUCAACAGCACAAGUUUCCUCUUUUUUUCUGUCCUCAAGGGAACCUAGUAUGUUAAGAUGCUGAAAUAUGCUGCCAUAUGCCCUGGUAUUUUUAGCAUGAACAACAGAGAAAGAGAGAGAGAAAGAGAGAGAGAGCUGCAUUCUUCUGAACCCUAUUUUGCUGAAUCACCUCACCUGGAAUUUCCACUACUUUCUCAGUAACCCCAGGUAAUGUUAAAUUGUAAGUACAAAAUGCUUCCAUUAAAGUACAGAGGAUGCCUUUAAUUAUAAAGCUAACAUUUUGUAAACAUGAAGUUUUGUAUUACAGAGCUUUUUGCUUCUUGAUACUUUUCCAUCAUAUCCUUCCAGAAGAAAUGCACUGAAAGACAGAUAAUAUAGAGUAGCAAAUGAAGGAAAGAAUAUUGUAAGCCUUCUUGUGGUUGCCAUUGCUAUAACCCUCCUUUGUGUCCUGUGUAACAGGCAAAUACAUGUAUUUAGAAACUGCCAUUAGCAUCAUUCCACACUAUACUGUUCCUAGAAUAUGACAUCUACCUCUUAGUCUAAAUACUAGCUAUGAGAUAUUUGUAUACAUUUUAAAUACUACUAGAAUCUUUGGUUUAGUCUUGAAAUGGUAUCACUGUAUUAUUUUUUUCUGUUAAAACUAGAAAAAAAUAUUGCCUGGGUUCAUAAUUCUUGCCCUGUUCUUGACUAAUUUUGAGAUAGUUUGAGCUUUUAACAGGGCAUAAAGACACAGCCUCAGCUGGUAUAAAUCAGCUUCACUCUGUUGCCUUAAAUGUGGGCCAAUUUACACUGGCUGGGGAUUCAUCCCAAACAGCUUAAAAAUAAACUGCUAUAACACAUCAAUAUUUAGUCAGCACUAGAUAAUGAUGUGCAAUCCAACUGCAACACAGUUCUUACCAGUAAGGCGUGCAGGUACGAAGAGAAACUUUUAAAAGCACAUGCAAGCUUUUUGAAUUAAAUAUGCAAUAUCAAUACUGUUUAGAUAUCCUGACUUGUCUCUUACUUAUUUAAGCAUAAUAUUGCCAGGGCAUGUUUACAUUAAAAACACUCAAUGCGUGGGGAACAGAGAAGGACUAUUGCAAACAGUAGGAGAAAAUUAAAUGGAUAGAGCAGCCUUUGAUGUCAACAGAGCAGAGUAGAAACUUUUCAAGAGUAGGACUUCCUGCUUGGUUUUUCAGAGCGGACCUUGUGCAUUAAUAGAAACUAGCACAGUUCCUUCUUGCUAUCGAGGAAUCUAACCCAGCACUCUGCACUUCUUUUAACUCAGGAGAAAAUAAGGGUACAAACAUGGUUUAACAGCACACUUCUGUAUCACUCCACAUCCUCAGGAUGCUCCAAGCCUUGUGCGCUUCCAGCAGCCCUUAAGGGAACUCUUCCAGCAUCUAGGAAUCAUCUUGUUGUCAAGCUGUGUUCGUUUUCUUCAGCAAUGUUUAAUGUACUCACAACCAGACAGAACGUGUGAAGCCAAUAUGAUGACUUUACAGUACUAGGGGCUUCCAGAGCCUUGCAGUAGAUGGAAAAAAAAAAAUAAAUAAAAAAAUUCUAUGUGGCUUCUGUGUUUACUGUAGAUCUGCCCUCCACAUUCUGUGUCUUAAAACAUUUAUUCUCUACUGGGCUAAAAGCAGCGAUCUAAUUGGAAAGGAGGGAGGGGAAAAAAAGUAUCUCCUCCAAAAGGAGCAGUCUGAGCUACUAUUAAAGAAAAGUUCAAGGAUUUUUGUUGCUUCUGUUUUUUAAGAUUUCAGGUGCAAAGCCAAGCCUGUUGGGGUCAGCACUUUAGCACUUUCCCUGUGUUCAGGGUCAAGCCAGCAGUGUUUCAUGUGUGAGCUCUGAUCUCACAUUUCAACACAAACAGACAGCCUUAGCCUGCCCUUAUGCAUAGUGCUGAAAAUCACCAAUGCUAUUUUCUUCUAAACAUGCUAAUUUUCUCUGUCUUAUUCCAAAAUGAAAUAUUGAAGGGUUUAUAUAAUAGAUUUAAAGGGAGGGAUUUUAAAGUAAUAACUUGUAAAGAAAAUGGUAAGGAUGAUCACCAAUCCUUUGUGUUGAUUAUAAAGAGGACAAUAAUCUUUAAUUGCUGGGUUGAUUUCUUUAUCAUUUCCUCUUUCUCUCCUUUCUAUGCAUAUUGAUUAAUGUUAGUAAAUAUGCAGUUGCACAAGUUGUCCUUUUUCAGUGAAAGCAGAUUUGCUUAUACCCCUCUAUAGCUUCCAUAAAAAUAUGCAAAUAUAACCUACAGUCAUCUGCUUCUGCCAAAACAGUGAGGCAAGAGAGUGAGCUCAUGGGUUACUGGAUUCAUAUAUGUCCUGCUUCCAUAAAAAUUGAGUACAAUAUGCCUAUUGAUUUGAAGAGAAUAAGGCUCAAGUCCUUAAUGCACAUGUUUGAGUUGCUAUUUAGCUCUUUUUCAAAAGAAUUAUAAAGCAAUCCUUGUGCAUCCUUUACUUUUAGUCUAGAUAGUUUAUAGCCACAAAAAACCUUCAGUUCAGCGGGAAGUUUUCUAGAAUAAAUAAUAAGGUAUAAUUUGUGAAAGGACUAUAACAACUUCAUCUAUUCAUGGUCAGUGUAAGUGUGUUCUCCUAGGAACUGCAGUAUACUCUGCUCUUACACUGGAAGUUUAUGGCCCUGGGAAGGAUAUAUUUGAAUGGGUCGGAAAUACAACCGCUAACCUGUAAAAAAAAAAAUCCACAGGAAUUAAACAUAUUGCACUGAUGAUAAGACACAUUUACUUCGUUUUAUUUCCUCAUUAAUAACUUCGAGCAGACAAAAUGCAUAUUGUAAUGUUGGGUACAUGACACUUGCAUGUUGCUAUGCCUAUAUACUUACAAAGUAUUCAAUGUGUACUUAGUGGCGCUUAAAAAUGUCAUGUACAAUUCUUCUAAACAUUCUUACAGGGUUCCCAUUUGCACUUCAUCUUUCAGAAAAGUCUUGUCAGAAAAUUGUCUGAUGAAUAUUAUUGAAAAAAAAUAAAAUUUCAAUUUUAGUUA